GCAGUACUGCAUGUGGUCUCCUGCGAUGGCUGUCGCUAGGGUGUCGUCCGAGGUUCCUAGCAAGUGUAUGCAUCGCCAUUGGAGGUGCCUCGGCUGUUCCCAUGCCUGUUCGCUGCAGAGCUUAAAAACGACUGGGCUAUGCCGUAUCGAAGCAUCAUAGCCCCACGCUCCCGUUCACAUUUAUUUCCUUUACAUCUGAUCUCGAGGAUCUGUUCAGCACCCUGCAAUUGGCCCUACUGCCUAUAGUCUUAUGUGAAGUCGCCUCAAAAGCGUCUUUGUGCUCCAGAAUCAGCAAUGGCGGAACAGCCCAAGAUCACGCUUCACUGGCUCAACGGCUCGCGAGCCAACUCCAUGCUAUGGCUUCUGGAGGAGCUUGAAGUCCCGUACGAUGUCAAAGUCUAUCAUAGGCAGUCAAACAUGUUGGCACCUCCUGAGUUGGAGAAGGUGCACCCUCUUGGGAAGUCUCCCGUCAUUACUGUUGAGGCGCCCGGGGCAUCAGAACCGGUGGUUCUGGCCGAGAGCGGCUUCAUCUUCCAGUACCUCUGCGACCACUUUGCCCAAGGCAAGACAAUCAUCCCAAAGCGGUGGAAGGAUGGGCAGGAGGGCAAGUUCCUCGGAGAGACAGAAGCCUGGAUGCGUUACUCGUAUCUCCUCCACUACGCUGAGGGGUCAUUCAUGCCCAACUUGGUGAUGUACUUGGUCCUGUCCGCCCUCAAGUCUAACCAGGUGCCUUUCUUUGUUCGGCCCAUCUCCUCCGCCAUUGCCAAUCGCAUCAUCUCGAUGAUGGUAUAUCCCAACGUCAAGAAGCACCUGGCAUUUCUGGAGAAGCAGCUGGAGACUUCGGGUGGGGAUUUCCUCACGGGGCCAAACCUCACAGCAGCCGACAUCAUGAUGAGCUACCCGCUGCUCGCAGGCAAGUCGGGCUUCGAUGGAAUGGGAAAGUUUGCCAAGGGCACAGCCAAAGAAUCUUUUCCCAAAGUCUAUGAGUACAUGGACAGGCUUGAAGCCCAGGCAGGCUGGAAGAAGGCUGUCCAAAAGACCAAGGACAUUGACGGCGGUAAGUUCAGCCUUGUCCCUCAGCCUGCCUGAGCAAUGUCCUUCGCAGAAGAAGAAUGGUCGAUGCACCCUGGGUAUAUGUAGUGUGUAAUGCGAGGUGGACGAUAAUGAUGACGCUACCCAGGAAAUCACCAUCUCUGGCCGAGGAGGGGAGGGAUGAAACUGUCGAGGAUAUAGGCCCCAGGGCUGCCCCGGGGGGGGAGACGGGCCAGAGAGGGCAGUGCAGGUAAUGAUUAGUCCGGUUAAAUCCAGUCACAGCUCUAGUGAUCCUCAAUCCAUCCAUGAUGUAUUUAGUAUUCGGCUGCAGCCCCAUCUCAGAGACAUCUAUCCCGGAGUGUCUGCCUGGGCGGGGCCCGGGCUUUCGGCGCGUUCCAACCACCCGCGCGGAGAAAUGGAGCCCGACCGAUAUUGAGACAGCUUGAUGCGGGCGAUGAAGAAACGAAUCUGAAGGUGUCGACACGGUCAAUUGUCCUCGACCCUUGUGUUUUGGCGCCGCAGGCCAUGGAGCACAAGAAACGGUGGCAGAGUGGCAGAGUGGCAGAGUGGUAAGCUGAGCUGAGCCGAGUCGAUCAGAUCAGCAUUGGGCUGACGGGUCGGCCCAAUGUGGCCGUGGCCGCCUUGGUCGGUUGUCCCUGCUUGGCAUCUGCAACUUGGCAUCUAUUAAUGCA